AUGCAGGGCAUUCACGAUGUCCGCUGGCUGAGUCGGGGCCAGGCAGUGGAGCGACUCUGCGAAGUCCUGCCCGCGGUGAUUGUGCUUCUCCAGGAGUACGACACUGCCAUCUACCACGUCGUAACCUCGCUGAAGUUCCAUGUGUACCUUUUCUUCCUCGCUGAUGUCCUGGCAGAGCUCAACAACCUCAACCUUGUGUUUCAGCGACGCGAGGUUGACCUCACUGGCGUGCAGUCCCUGGUCCGCCGCACGCUCAUCUUCAUGCGAGAGCGCUACAUCGACUGUGGGUCAAAGUUUGGCGCGGGGACAAGCAAGCGCCUGUCGCCCUUCCUCAAGCGUCUCUCGUCUAGCCGCACCGUCAAGGUGGAAGGCGUUGACAGUGACGGGAGCACGCGGAAACACAGCUUCGACUUACACGAGGAGCUGCUGAAAGGGUACAGCAAAAAGCCAGGCGACCUGGAGACUUGCAUCAACACCUGCCGCUCCUAUGCGGUUGCGGUAGUGGACCACCUGCAGGAGAGGUUCAAAGACCUCGACAGUUUGGACGGGGCAAAGCUCUUCAUGCCUGACAGCUGGCCGAAGGACACGGACGGACGGAAAAAGGAGUGUGCAGCCCACCUGGAAGCCCUAUUCAAGAUGUUCCACAUCGGCGAGCGGAGGGAGGUGCUUCCUGGUGAGUGGUGCUUUCGGCAAGCGCAUCACCUGCGCAUGUUAGCGUCAACUGACUGGCGUGUCUCCUGCAUGUGA